AUGACAACAACUGUAGCUCCUACAACCACUACAACUUUAGCAUCUACUACGACAGCGACAACUGCAGCUCCUACGACAACUGCAGCUCCCACUACCACUACAACUGCCGAACCUACUACGACAACCACUGCAGCUUCUACUACAACAAGUGCUGUUCCUACGACCAUUACUACUGCAUCACCUACUACAACAACUGCAACUUCAUCUCCUACUACAAACACAACUACAGCACCUACUAUGUCAACUGUAGUUCCUACAACAAGUCCUACGACCACUACAACUGGAGCUCCUACAACAACUGCAACCGCAGCUCCUACUACAACAAAUGUAGCUCCUACGACAUCAACUGUAGCUCCUACGGCCACUACAAUUGCAGCUCCUACAACAACCACAGAUGCAGCACAUACUAUGACACCUGCAGUUCCUACAACAACAGCAGGUCCUAUGACAACAGAAGCUCUUACGACAACAACGGUAGCUCCUACGACAACUGUAGCUCCUAAGACCAAUACGACUGCAGCAUCUACUACUACAACUGCAGCUCCUACAACAACUGCAGCUCUUACUACAACUGCAGCUCCAACGACAACUACAUCCUCAGCUCCUUCCACAACAAUUGUAGCUCCUACGAAUACUGUAGUUCCUACUACCACUACAACUGCAUCAUCCACCACGACAACCACUAUAGCUUCAACGACAACCACAACUGCAACUCCUACUACAACAACUGUAGCACCCACUACUACAAAUAUAACUUCAGCUCCUACGACAACCAAAACAACAGCCAAUAUUACAACCACAAUGACUGAUCCUACUACAACUGUACUAAGACAACCGCAACAGCAGCCCUGA